AUGAUCACAGCGGUGUGGCGCGCACGUACGAUUCGACGACAAGAAAGCUAUCAGGCCGGGCAUCAGAACUCGAAGUCCAAGUCUGCUAAACGUCAUAGCAAUAGCUUUGACUUCAAUCCAUUGAAAUUGGCCUUUGCAUUUCAACGUCACCAACCUCUUCUGUUCUCUUCCAACAGAUAUUCGUUGGACUUUGGAUGUAGUCGCGCAGGAUCAUCUAACGUAUCUGUUCCUCUAGGUCGAACCGGUAAUUACGGAGUCCGACACAAGGAAAUCCUUGUACUUAAAUCAGUCCAAUGGCCAGCAUUCGGCUGA